AAUAAGAAAGGGAUGGUACAAACUGUUAAUGUGAACCAUCACAAACAAACAAAAAAAAAGUUUCUCUCCAAAGCAUGGUCGCAUGGACAUGGCCUACGAAUGGUCAAACGCUGAAGCAUGUUCCAUGUUACAUGCUAUUAUUAUUCAUUUUGCAAAAAAAAAAACUACAAUGCCAAUGCUGCAGCAUGUACUACAACAUGCCAUUAAUGAAGGGGGAGUCUAUCUGAGUCUAGAGGCCUAGCGCAAAAAAAAAAAAAAUUAAAAAAAAUGACCGAACAAAAAAAAAGGGCCGACCAAACGAAAAAGAAAGAACCAGUUACACAACGCACACGUUCCCAUAGACAUCACCAUCAAAGAACAAAGAAAAUGAAAAAGGGCGAAAGUGAAGGAAAAAAAUGGACAAAGAAAACUACAGUGAAGUAUGAACGCAUGGUUGUGCUUAGCCAAUGCGGUAGAAAAUGGGGCCUGUGUGUAGCGUGCAUUUGUUUUUGCGUUGUUGCUGGCCUGAUAGAACAUGCUGUGUGUAUGCGUGUAAGUUCAAAAAAAGAAAAGGGAUCCCGUUGGUUGCGCAUUGUGCAUGGUUCAUGGUGCAUGGGGAAGGGAAUGGGGAGAGGGAGAUUCCACGGUUGUCGCCCUUUACCCUCUGUUGUUGACAUGCGGAUUUAUUUAUUUUUGUCAAUUAUAUAUCCCAUGCCUCUCCUUUUUUUUUUUUUUUUUUGCCCCGCAGACUGCUGCAUACGAAGCGGGACGGAAUUCAUUGUUUGCAUAUCUCGCAUACUCGCAUUGUGUACACUGUACAGCAGAAACCUUAGUAGUAGAAACCUUAGACUGUACCGCACAAAUAGACGAUAUCGUGGAUAAUUGAUGCGAUGCAUUGGAUAUGUUUAUAUUUCAUGGCUUGCAUCGUGAGGAUAGCAGGGUCGGUAGGAUGAGUAAAAUUGUCAAUC